AUGUCAGAUCUCAACGAGGAGUUAGCGAAAUGGUUCGAGAAGCUCCAGGCUGUCCCGGCUGAGCAGCACCUCUUGUGCCCCAAACUCUCCGACGAGGAUGUCGAAAACUACCGAACACUGAACGACCCUGCCUCUGAGAUCUCCAUUGAAGAAAAGAAGAAACGCAUACAGGAUGGGGACGAUCGAAUCGAGAUUACAUACUGGAACAGCUUGAUAUUUGGCUUCGACAAACGCGAUGCUGGCAAGUGGCUCGACGACUUCACCGAACGUCUUGACGGCUCCCUCAAGUUCUGCUCCGAUUGUGUGCUGAAUUGGCACAUGAAGCGCAGAGCUCAUCUCCAGAAAUUUGCCGAGCGUUGGGAUGAAGAUGCCGUCUCGCAGAUCCAAGAACUUCUCGACCGCCUGGACGUCAACCGAAUCGAUCACAACCUCAAGUGGGCCAAAGAUUUCAUCGAGAAGAUCGAGGCAACAGGGACCGUCUUCAAGAAAUCCGCCUUUGGCGCACACCUUCCCGAAGUGCAUAUCGCCAUCUACGAGGCACUAUGCUGCGUCUCGUACAUGAAGGAGCCCGUCCAACGGACGACCUUCCAGUACGUCUUCAUGAGGCUGCAAGGGAAAUCAUACCUGAAGCUUGGGACCAAGGACCCCCUUCCCGGGAUGACAUAUCUCCUCUUCGACCAGAAGAAUGAGGAUCGCCGCAACUGGGCCCAUGAGAAUUGGAAGAACAUUGACACCGAUUCCAUGUCGGAGGAGCAGUUUGAUUGGGCCGUCAGCGGCGGCCUGGUUGCUGCCAUUGACGAGGCCAGUCGGAAAGAUCUCGUGCAACCUGGGACCGAGACCUACAUCGAGAUCGAAAGGUUUUGGCUCGGAUUCGAGAAGAUCCUGAGGACCCUCAACGGCGAACUCAUCUUGGGUCGCCUCCGUAGCCUCGAGGUAAAGCCUGGAUCCCCACACAUAUACGAUUUGCUGUUUCGCCAUAUCCAGUUUUGCAGAAGCGAGAGCGUUCUUGUGGCCGCCAUUCGCAUCCUAACCACGUUGCUGAAAAAAUCCCCCAAGGCUUUCUGGGAUGUCGUUGGUGAUGCGCGGCCCAACGUCAUUGCCGAUCUCAUCUUUGGGAGCCCCGUCUACCGCACUCUUCUUUGCCAGUCACUCGAUGAUUGCUGGAGUGGCUCUGAGACUGGGCCCGAGGCCACUCCCUUCCCCAUAUCCUGGAUUGGUCCUUGGCUUCAGUCUCUCGGACGGGACAGACGAUACGAUGCUUGCGAAGUCCUCCUGCACACACUCUUCGAGACCAUGACUAAGGAUGUGAGCAUGACUGAGCCCGGCCGAGCUGCCUGCCUCCGUGCAGGCUUUGACGCUCUGAGCUUCACAGUCGGGACAUUUCUCGAGCAAGAGACCACGGGUACCGGCACCACGCACCUAUAUGCCAACUGUGCCUUCAACAUGGUCAUGAAGCACAGGGCGCUCAUACUAGACCAGCUGCAGACGCCAAAGGAAGAGCACAUAGGAUGGAAAACAUUUCACGUAGCUUCAGCAGCCCGCAAAACUAUGGUGGCCGCCAUGUGGCUGGAUAUUAAGCUCUUUGCGAUCGAGUACCAUUCACUACGGGGCGGCGCGCAGAUCCAGUCGGCCAUUACGAGGCAAUCCAAGGACUUCUGGGAGGGUGUGGUGGAAAUGUUCGAUUCGUCGUCACAGCAAGCAGAGCUGGCUGGGGACUUUCUGCUCUCCCUCGAGCCCAUCGUGAGGCUCGAGCCCAUUCGCCCGAAGAAGAAGGACACCCGUCUGGAUGAAUCGAGCAAGUUGUUCAACCAGGCAUUUGGUGACACGACGGACGUCCUGGCGAGGAUAUUCAGCAGACUCUCCGAGCUGGAUACGACGGACCUGAGUGGCCUCUUCGCCAGCCAACGCGCUUUCCAGGUUACCGUUGGCGUGGCCAUGCAGGGCGAAUCUGACUUGGCCGAAGCGUCGGCCGAACUCCUCAAGAGCUGGACCGGUGAAAUUGCCCGCAGCCAGGCGUUUGAGCAGAUGGCCCAGCUGCACCCUGACCAGACUUUGAGGGCAUCCAUGUUCGUCCUCGACAGGGUUCUGAGGCCUCCCCCGGGCUUCCCAAAGCAACAGUGCCCUUGGGACCCGAUCCGCCCCAUCCAGAACAUGAGCCGGGACAUCCUGCGAGGCCUCUGUGACGUCACCGGUGGUGUCCUCCGUGUCAGGACGCUGGAGCCCAAGACUGUCGCCAUGCUCCUCCGCUGGUGGCAGGAGCAAUGGCACUUCGUCUCUUUGUCGUGCCGAAACAUCGAGCCUUGGUCGCUGUACAUCCCCAACAGCACUAUGCAGGACUUCUGCCGUGAGAUCAUGGAGUUGGCCGAGGCCCUGAUUGCGGAAGACGGAUUACUCACUUCGGCCAUCGCUACCGCCACCAAUAAGGAGGUGUCGCAUAUGAUGGUCAAGAUCCUCCAGCCAGCCAAGGACAACUUUCGAGGCAUGGAGAACAUGAUCCGACUCAAAGACAGGUGGCUUGUCGACGUCACCGUCAGGGUCCUCUGCAAGAUCCUCGAGCGGCUUCGGGAGAAUAGCCUGGAAAUUGCCGAGGACUCUCGGAAACUCAUCAUGGAUGCAUGUGUGUCGACCGAAAUGCCAGGAAAGUACCGGCGACCUACGAACCUCACGGACCAGCAGCGAGCCGAGCUCCUCCAAGCACUCGGCCACGUCGAAGAGGAGAUCAAGGCCCGCCAAUCCGCCGUCCUCCCGAGCCGCGCUGCGGAUAGGGCCAAGGACCAGCUCAAGAAACAGAGCAGGCUUGAUGCCUGGUCUAAGUCGGGCACUCCCGGUGCCGUGCCGGGAGACCUCAGGACGAAUCGGGACGACGUUCUGGCACUGAGCAAGUCCAUCGACAGCCCCAUCCUCAAGAAACUCGAAGCGCAGAGGGCGGCGGAAGCCAGGGUCAAGGCGAAGGCCAAGGUGCCUGACCAGAAAGCCAUCUCAGCCCUCAAGGAGAGCCGACAGCGCGAGAAGGCUGAAAGAGCCAGACGCGAUGCCGAGGUCAUCGCCAAGGCCAGAGCGCUACGGGGCGAGCUGGUCCCUGGCGAGGGCUCUAGCCUGGCUGGGUUCGCCGUGAUCGGCAAGGACCACUCUCGCAGCGAGAUCAUGGUCAACAGUUCGGACGAGGAGUCCGAGAUCGAUUCCGACUCCGACAGCGACAACCAGCUCGCGGCACUGAGCAUCGGCGGCAAGAAGACGUUGGACGAGGCCGAGAGGCGCAACCGCCAGGCGCUGCGUGACAAGAUGCGCAGGCCCGUCAAGAAGGUCAAGCAGCAGCGGUCUGUCAAGGAGAUGAGGGCACGACUGAUCCCGCCCAUGGAAAAGCUCCACAACACCGUCCUUGCCUGGGAAAUAUUUCACGAGGGCAACGAUCCCCCGAGCGGUCCGUCUGGCAGCCGAGUCGGGACGGAGUAUGCCAAUCCUAAGUCGUACCAGGAAACCUUCUUCCCUCUGCUCGCAUCCGAAGCAUGGCGGUCCUUUGUCACGGCCAAGGACGAGAUUACGGCUCAGCCUUUUGGCAUGAAGAUUGCCAGUCGCGCAAGCGUUGACAGCUUUCUGGAGGUGACCUUUACCAUGCCCAUAGUCCAGAACAGGGACCGUGGUGUCUCCGAAGGCGAUAUCCUCCUGGUAUCCGAGUCUGAAAGCCCCCUUCUCGAGUCGGACGUUAGGCACUGCCUCGCGCGGGUUCACAGGAUCAAGUACAAGAAGGAUAUCAUCGAGAUCACCUACCGUGUGGCGUCCCGGAAUAACCCUCUCUCGCCGCUCCUGAACCCAGGUGCCAGCGUCCACGGUAUCAAGAUUACAAACAUGACAACCAUCGAGCGGGAGUAUGCAGCGCUGGAGAGCUUGCAGUACUACGACCUCAUGGACGAGAUCCUCAAGGCCGAGCCGUCGCCCAUCCUCCGGUACGGUGACGAGAAGGUCGCAAAGUGGCAGGACAACUGGAACCUCAACCGCGGCCAGGCUAUGGCUGUCCUAGGAGCGCACGAAAACGACGGGUUUACCUUGAUUCAGGGCCCCCCCGGAACAGGAAAGACAAAGACGAUCGUUGCCAUGGUCGGUGCCCUGUUGUCUGAACAGCUCGGCUCGCAGCCGAAUGCGGGCACGCCGGUCGGAGUCCCCAUCCGACCGGGAGCAGCAGGAGCAUCCCAUGUAAGCAACCAGAGCCAGCAGAAGAAGCUCCUUGUCUGCGCGCCCAGCAACGCCGCCGUCGACGAGCUCGUCCUGCGACUCAAGAGCGGCAUCACGACCAUCAACGGCAAGAAGGUGAACAUCAAUGUGCUGCGUCUCGGACGGAGCGAUGCUAUCAACGCAGGCGUCAAGGACGUCACCCUUGACGAGCUGGUGAAGGCGAAGCUCGAGGGCGACGGGACCAGAGACAAGGCCAAGGCCGACCGCGACAAGCUUCAUGAGGAUGCCUCGAAGAUCAAGGAGGAGCUGGGCGAGCUGCGGCCGAUGCUGGAGGCAGCCAGGGGUCAGGAGCGCAGCACGUACGAGGCGCUGUCGCGACGGUUCGACGAGCUCAAGCGUCAGCAGAUGCAGAUUGGCAAGCAGAUCGACGCCAACAAAGACAGCGGCAAUUCGAUUGCGCGAGAGACGGAGCUCCGACGCCGACAGAUCCAGCAGGAGAUCCUCAACGGGGCGCACGUUCUCUGCGCGACGCUGAGCGGUAGCGGCCACGAAAUGUUCCGCAACUUGGACGUGGAGUUCGAGACGGUCCUGAUCGACGAGGCCGCGCAGUGCGUGGAGCUCAGCGCCCUGAUCCCGCUCAAGUACGGCUGCUGCAAGUGUAUCCUGGUCGGUGACCCCAAGCAGCUGCCGCCCACGGUCCUCUCACAGUCGGCGGCGCGGUUCGGUUAUGACCAGAGUCUGUUUGUGCGCAUGCAGCAGAACCAUCCGAAUUCGGUGCACCUGCUCGACAUGCAGUACCGCAUGCACCCGCAGAUCAGCGCGUUCCCCAG